GUUUCUUUUCCAAGAAAAAAAUGGUUUCCCUUGAAGAUUCCCACUCCCAGCACUCCACUUCUAGUCGCUUCCCCUUAACCUCUUCUCCUUCCUCCUCCAAAAUCAUCCACCGACACGUCGGCCGUUCCAUGCGCACUGUCCGUUCUACUCUCUUUCAGACCGACUCAUCCUUCAGCAACUCAGCUGCUUCCACUCCCUUUGUGUCUGAAAACUUGACUGAGUCUGUCAUCGACAUGCGACUCGGCGAACUCGCGGCAACCUUAAGCAUGCAUAGUAAUAAUAUUAGUAAUAUUAAGAAUAAGACGUCGUCCUCGUCGGCAUCGCCAGCUAAAUCUGCUGAGGAGUUUCUUGAUAUUUCAGAAGCUUUUUCUGAUUUCUCGGGCUGUAGUUCUGAUAUUUCCGGAGAACUGCAACGUCUUGCAUGCUUGCCGUCGUCUCCGCUGCAUCGUGAUGGAGAGUUGGAGAAGAAGAACCCAUCAACGGAAAUUGUAGCUGAGCCCUGUCACGGGUUCUUACAGAGAGAAUCCUUUUCUACGGAAAUCAUUGAAAGUAUUUCUCCCGAAGAUCUUCAGCCGACGGUGAAGAUCUGUGUUGAUGGGUUGCAGUCCCCUUCGAUCCUUGUCAAAAGAUCUGCUGCGGAGAAGUUGAGGUUUUUGGCAAAGAAUAGAGCGGAUAACCGGGCGUUGAUUGGUGAGUCGGGGGCGAUUUCUGCUUUGAUCCCUCUGCUUAAGCAAAGUGAUCCGUGGGCGCAAGAACAUGCGGUGACAGCCUUGUUGAAUUUAUCAUUGUACGAGGAGAAUAAGAAGAAGAUUACGAAAUCAGGUGCUAUUAAGUCUCUUGUUUAUGUGCUUAAAACUGGGACUGAAAAUGCUAAGCAAAAUGCGGCCUGUGCGUUGCUUAGUUUGGCGUUGAUUGAAGUGAAUAAGAGCUCGAUUGGAGCUUGUGGAGCGAUACCACCAUUGGUAUCGCUUCUAAUUAAUGGUUCUAAUAGAGGAAAGAAAGAUGCGUUGACGACAUUGUAUAAGAUUUGUUCAAUAAAGCAGAAUAAAGAGAGGGCUGUCAUUGCUGGGGCAGUUAAGCCAUUGGUGGGGAUGGUGGUGGAGGCGGGGGCAGGGAUGAUGGCUGAGAAAGCAAUGGUGGUGUUGAGCAGUCUGGCUGCAAUUCAAGAAGGGAGAGAUGCUAUUGUUGAAGAAGGCGGGAUUGCUGCACUUGUUGAGGCUAUUGAAGAUGGUUCUGUUAAAGGGGAAGAGUUUGCUGUUGUUACUUUGUUGCAAUUGUGUAGUGAUAGUGUUAGAAAUCGUGGGUUGCUUGUUAGAGAAGGAGCGAUUCCUCCUCUUGUUGCACUUUCCCAGAAUGGGAGCCUUCGCUCUAAGAACAAGGCUGAGAGGCUACUUGGGUACUUAAGAGAGCCAAGGCAAGAGGCUGCAUCAUCUUCAAGCCCUUGAAGAAGUGGUGGAUUUUGAAUGUUUGCUAUUCUUGGAUAGGUAAUUACGAGUACUGAUUAGAAUGAGUGGUUGUCAUUGGUUUGUGUGUACAUAGGCAGUGUUUUUUUUAUGGUUUUGUACAGUGUGUUUGAGAAAUAUGAGGGAUUGAUUAGCGAAUGGGAAAUUAGGGUAAGCUAGGGAGUAAAAAUUGUAGACUGACUUGUUUUAGAUGUAUGAGUUUGACUUAAACUAGGUUUUGGAAGUUGGGGGUCUGUAAUUCUGAUGGGUUUUCCAGAGGAGGAAUACUUGCUUGCUUUGUGGAGUUUGGUUGGUUGAUGAUGAAAAUUAGGGUCUUGUUCCUUGUGUUUUGCUUGGAAGACCCAAGUUCUGUUUACUGAUUGUCCUGUUUAAACUAGUGAAGAUAAAUGCUUCUACUUGGAGCAUGUUUUUGUUGCAUCUUGUAGCUUGAAUUCUAUGUAUGCUGUUGAUUUCUGUUUUUGCUAAUAAGCAACUUAGAUUGA